AUGCGGCAGAAUACAAUUCUUCGUGAAGCAAUCACCGUAGAGAAACGAGUGGCUGUUGCUCUGUGGAGGUUAGCUACUGGAAUUUCGUAUAGAACCGGGGGAUUAACGUUUGGGAUCAGCCGAUGUACUGCCAUGAAUGUCAAGGACGAAUUCUGCUCUGCCUUGAUGAGAAGAGCUAAUGAUUUCAUCAAAUUUCCUAAGGCUGAGGCCGAAACAAGGCAAGCAAUACAGAAAUUUCAAGAUAUCAGUCACUUCCCUCAGGUUGUAGAAGCACUUGAUGGGUCUCAUAUACCAAUUAAAGCCCCGAAAGAAGAACCAAACGAGUACGUAAAUCGAAAAAGCUUUCAUAGCAUAGAAAGUUGCUUGCACGUGAGUACCGGCUAUGCAGGGAGUAUUCACGAUGCUCGCGUGCUACGAAUGAGCUCCCUACUCACAGCAGCAGAAGACGGCGAUAUUUUGCAUUCCCCAUUGCGUCGAAUAGGCGGUAUGCAGGUUAAGCCACUUAUAGUUGCUGACCCAGCUUACAAACUGACGACCUGGUGCAUGAAACCUUUCCCUCAGACCAGAGCCCUGGCCGACCGGCAGAGAGAUUUUAAUAAAUCCCUGAGCAGUGCAAGGGUAGUUGUUGAGUAG